GGGAAGCUAGGAGCUCCCAUCAGACAUAGCCAAAAAAAAAAAAAAAAAAAAAAAAAAAGGAUCUUCGGGGAACCGGCUGUUAACAAUUGCCACCGUGCGCCAGACUCUUGUUCCGCGUAUUUAGACAGAGCUAUGACUCAAAGAAUCAGAUUCCCGUUUUGCUGUCUGAUCCGGGGUCUCGCGUUUCCACGGCUGCUUCUCUUUGGCGUGACCUGCCCCAGCGUUGUCUGCUGCCUAUUGCUACCUGACCUCGAGGGAAGUGCCCACCUCUUGCUUCUUUCCAGAAACAAGUCGAAACACGAGCUGGGCUAUUGUGAGGCAGAAGCUAAGUUAGCCUUGUCUCUCGACUUUUGGACUCUGUCCUCUGAGAACCUUUUAGCUGUGUUGCCAGUUGAUCCUGUUAAAGAAAAUUAUGUUCGUAAAGUGAAAAACUGUAUUUUUUCAAUUGCCGUCCCUACUCCUUUGAAAUCAAGAGUACGUCUUGUAGCAGUUUCAAAGGAAGUUCUAGAAGAUAUUUUGGACCUUGAUUUAUCUGUCUCAGAAACAGAUGAUUUUAUCCAGCUUGUGAGUGGUGAAAAGAUAGUAUCUGGAUCCAUUCCAUUGGCUCACAGAUAUGGUGGCCACCAGUUUGGGAUCUGGGCAGGUCAGCUUGGGGAUGGAAGAGCCCAUCUUCUUGGAACUUACAUGAACAGGCAGGGUGAAAAGUGGGAGCUCCAAUUAAAAGGCUCAGGAAAGACCCCAUAUUCCCGAAAUGGUGAUGGCAGAGCUGUACUUCGUUCCUCAGUGAGAGAAUUUUUAUGCAGUGAGGCUAUGCACUCUCUCAGAAUUCCAACCAGCAGAGUUGCAAGUCUGGUUGUAAGUGACGAUGAAGUAUGGAGAGAUCAGUUCUACAACGGAAACAUUGUGAAAGAACGAGGUGCUGUAGUGCUGCGUGUUGCAAAAUCAUGGUUUAGAAUUGGAUCAUUAGAAAUUUUGGCUCAUUAUGGUGAACUGGAUUUACUAAGGACAUUAUUAGACUUCAUCAUACGGGAGCAUUUCCCCUCAGUAGAGGUCGCAGAACCUAACAGAUACGUGGAUUUCUUCUCUGUUGUGGUAUCAGAGACAGCACAACUCAUUGCCUUGUGGAUGUCUGUUGGUUUUGCUCAUGGUGUUUGUAAUACUGAUAACUUCAGUUUGUUAUCCAUUACAAUUGACUAUGGUCCAUUUGGUUUUAUGGAAGCCUAUAAUCCAGAUUUUGUCCCAAACACAUCUGAUGAUGAAGGAAGAUAUAAAAUAGGAAAUCAGGCCAAUAUUGGGAUAUUUAAUUUAAACAAGUUGUUGCAAGCUUUAAACCCAAUACUGGAUCCUAGGCAAAGGCAGCUAGCUGCUCAGAUUCUUGAGGGGUAUCCAGUUCUUUAUUAUACAAGAUUUAGAGAAUUGUUCAAAGCCAAAUUGGGAUUACUUGGGGAAACAAAGGGUGAUGAUGAUUUAAUUGCAUUUCUCUUACAUCUCAUGGAAAAGACAGCAGCUGAUUUUACCAUGACAUUUCGGCAGCUUAGCGAGAUAACUCAAAGCCAGUUACAGGAGCUCAACAUUCCCCAGCAAUUCUGGGCGCUGAAUAUGAUUUCCAAGCACAAGCUCUUUCCAGCCUGGGUAUCCCAGUACCUGCUGAGACUGAAGAGUAACAUGAAUGAUUCAGAUUCUGAAAGAAGAAAAAGAAUGACAACUGUUAAUCCUAGGUAUGUGCUGAGGAACUGGAUGGCAGAGUCCGCAGUGCGAAAAGCAGAAAGGAAUGAUUUUUCAGAGGUCCAUCUUCUCCAGCGUGUUCUUCGGCAUCCUUUCCAGAAGCAUUCUGCAGCUGAAAAAGCAGGUUACUCCUCACCUACUCCUUCUUGGGCCAAGGACCUCAAAGUUAGCUGCUCAUCUUGAUUUAGGUUAAAGAAAUGAAGGGAUACUUUUGUCAUUGAACUCAACAUAGAAUCAUCCAUUUGAUAAAUUCUUUAAAAAAUUUUUUUAAACGUUUUUAUUUAUUUUUGAAGGAGAGAGAGAGAGAGAGAGAGAGAGCAUGAGCAGGGGAGGAGCAGAGAGAGAGGGAGACAGAAUUCGAAGCAGGCUCUAAGCUUUCAGCACACAGCCCGAUGCGGGACUCGAACUCACAAACUGUGAGAUCAUGACCUGAGCUGAGGUGGGACGCUUAACCGACUGAGCCACCUGGGUGCCCCACCAUUUGAUAAAUUUGACCAUUUGAUUAAUGACCAUCUACAUUUUGAUGACAGUCUCACAUUUCAUAAAAAGGAUUAUGUAUGCAAAUUUUUUUUUUUUUUUUUUUACCAAAUAAACUGGACCUAUUCUUUGGAACAUCUUUGUGAUCAUUUUUGUUCUAAUCAAUAACUUUAAUGGAAUAAUAAAAUAUGGUAAUCCAUAUGAGUUAUGCUCAAUAACUAAAAAAUCUUAUGGCAAUCUUUUAAUGAUUUUAUGAGUAUUCAUCUAAAACAUACUAUGUACCCAGCAUUGUGGGGCACAUCAGAUAAGUAACAUAGUUUAACUGCUCUCCUAGAGCUUUUUCAUAUAUGAUGGUAAUUUUCAAACAUUAACCAAAGUAAAGAGAAUAGUUUAAUGAAUCUGAUUUACCAACCAGCUUCUUAAUUAGGCAUCAAUGCCUGAUCAAUGUUAUUUCGUCUUCAUCCCUACACACUUCCCCUCAUUCCUAGUUAUUGCUUUUAAUUGAGGUAUAAUUUUUAUAUCCCCAUGUAUUUUUAUUUUUAUUUAUUUUUUAUUUUUAUUUAUUUUUUAACGUUUAUUUAUUUUUGAGACAGAGAGAGACAGACCAUGAACAGGUGAGGAGCAGAGAGAGAGGGAGACACAGAAUCUGAAACAGGCUCCAGGCUCUGAGCUGUCAGCACAGAGCCCGACGCGGGGCUCGAACUCACGGACUGUGAGAUCAUGACCUGAGCCGAAGUUGGACGCUUAACCGACCAAG